UGAUGGCAUAGUUAAAAACGCCGUACAAGGGUGUAAACGGCUACCAAAACCGUCUUUCUAUUUUUAGCAACCCUUCUCUUCUCUUCUUUUCUCUGAGCUGAGCUGCUCCUGUUUUGUUGAAUUCUAUGGACAAAGAUUUCGUCAUGCUCGAGGAUUUUAAGGUAGUUAAUUUGAGCAUACAAACUUACAGACUUCAAGAAUGCCUAUGAACAUGGAUGCAAUGUCUCGAGCAAAUUUCUACACAGAGGAACUUUAACAUUGGUUAAAUUUCAAUAAUUCCAUACCCAACCUAAGUAUGGAAUACCCUUUUUCCCCCAAGGGAGGAGGCAUUGGGGAUUGGCAAUCUUCUAGAGCACAGUUGGAGGGGUCAACAUCGUUAGAUGGUGGAAUGAGAAAUUCAAUAUCAGAGGAUAUGCCCAAUAGCUUUUCUGAGCUCAUGAACUUUGAUACUUAUGCUGGCUUGUGCGAUAGCCCAUCCAUAACUGAUCAGAUUUUGGCUAAUGAGCUUCCAUCAUUUGCCUCGUUACCAUAUCCGUUGCCUGAUGGAUUCAAUCUAGUCCAACAGAACAGUGGGCAAUGCUAUAUGUCACGAGUUGGCAAAAAUAACAAUGAUAUGGAAAGCUCGCCCAUGUAUGGGGAGAAAGUUGGGUGUCAGCAAAUGGAUACCCUACUUGGUUUCUUCAGCAACUCAAAUGAUGGAAAUAACUUGAAUUCUAAGCUAAAAACUAAUGGCUCUUCUCAACAUAGUAAUGCCUUUGAUACCGGAAAUUAUAUUAUGUCCAGGCCACCUGGUUUGUCACUUGAUGAGAGAAUGCUGAGGGCUUUGUCCUUCUUUAAGGAAUCAGCUGGUGGGGGAAUAUUGGCUCAAGUUUGGGUACCCAUAAAGCAUGGUGAUCAAUUCAUCUUAAGCACAAGUGAGCAACCUUAUUUGCUAGAUCAAAUGCUCGCAGGGUAUCGUGAAGUGUCCAGGACAUUUACAUUUUCUGCAGAAGGAAAAUCUGGUUGUUUCCUAGGACUUCCUGGUCGUGUGUUUACCUCCAAAGUUCCUGAGUGGACUUCAGAUGUUGGUUAUUACAGUAUGAGUGAGUACUUAAGGUUUGAACAUGCAAUUAAUCACAAGGUUCGUGGAUCAAUUGCAUUUCCCAUAUUUGAUAUGCACUCUGAACUGCCGUGCUGUGCUGUACUGGAACUUGUCACUACAAAGGAAAAGGCAGAUUUUGACAAAGAAUUGGAAAUUGUUUGUCGUGCACUUCAGCUUGUAAAUUUAAGGACUACUAAGCCUCUUCGACUUCUUCCCGAGUGUCUUUCAAACAACAAAAAAGCUACUUUGACUGAGAUAGUUGAUGUGUUACGUUCUGUCUGUCAUGCUCAUAGAUUACCGCUGGCACUGACAUGGAUUCCCUGUUACACUGAGGGCUCCAGAGGUGAAGCUACAAGGAUACAAAUUAAAGAGGGUCAUUCAACUUCCAGUGAAAAAGGCAUACUGUGCAUUGAAGAAUCAGCUUGCUAUAUAACUGACAGAGCAAUGACAGGAUUUGUCCGUGCAUGCAUGGAACAUCAUCUUGAGGAAGGAAAAGGUGUAGCUGGGAAAGCUCUUCAAUCAAACCAUCCUUUCUUCUAUCCGGAUGUGAAGACGUAUGAUAUUAGUGAAUAUCCACUUGUCCAUCAUGCACGCAAGUAUAAUUUGAAUGCUGCAGUUGCAAUUAGGCUAAGGAGUACUUAUACUAAUGAUGAUGAUUACAUAUUGGAAUUCUUUCUGCCUGCCAAUAUGAGAGGGAGUUCAGAGCAACAACUUUUAUUAGACAACCUCUCAGGUACCAUGCAGAGGAUUUGUAGGAGUUUGAGGACAGUUUCAGAUGUCGAAUUAUCAGGAAUAGGAAGCUCACAAGUGGGAUUUGGAAAGAAAAAUGUACCUAGUUUUUUUCCUUUGUCAAGUAGAAACUCUCAAAUACCAUUAAUAAAUGGUGACCGUGAUUCUUCCCAGAAGAUGUCAUUGAAGGCAACUAACCUUGGAAACAAUGAAAUUGAGCCUUCUCCUAGCCAGGAAAGAAAUGGAUCAAAAAGGCAGGUCCAGAAAAAUAGAAGUACGCUAGAGAAGAAUGUUAGUCUGAGUGUUCUCCAGCAAUACUUUUCUGGUAGUCUGAAGGAUGCUGCAAAACACAUUGGUGUUUGCCCAACAACUCUGAAAAGGAUAUGCAGGCAACAUGGAAUUUCAAGGUGGCCAUCACGCAAGAUUAAUAAAGUGAAUCGAUCAUUGAAGAAGAUACAGACUGUGCUCAACUCUGUCCAGGGAGUGGAAGGAGGGUUGAAGUUUGAUCCCUCUGUGGGGGCAUUUGUAGCAGGAGGGUCAAUCAUCCAGGAAAUUGAUGCACACAAGAGUCUUAUGUUUCCUGAGAAAAAUACUAUAAAAGACUGUGCGCCUGAUACACUAGAGGCAGUCUCAGUACCAACUGCACCUUGUAGUGAAGAUGAGAAUUUUUCAAUUAAGUUGGAGGGAAAAUUGAAGAACGCAGUUGAUUGUAGUGAAGAUUCAAAAUCAAUGGCAAUGGAUGAUGGUUCGGGCCAGACAGCAAGCCUUUGCACCAAGGUGCAAGAUUGUGCUGAACAAGCUUGUUUGGGUUCUUUUCUUGCAAAAGAACGGGAUGAAAGGAUUCCAAACAAGGGUGGUUUGAGAGUAGAAAAAUUUAAACACAAUAUCGUUGGCCCGAGUUCACGUUACUUGAUUGGUGAUGAGAUGGACAUCGGUGUGGAUGGGGAUGAUGGGGUUGUUGAACCUAACCACCCUACUUCCUCAAGCUUGACAGACUCAUCUAAUGGCUCUGGUUCAAUGAUGCAUAGCAAUUCAUCAGGUUCUGAGAGUUUCCAGAACCAGAACCAGUCCAAAGUCAAAUCAACCAUUGUUGAUAGCGGGUCAAUACUAAUUGUCAAAGCCACCUACGGAGAAGACACAAUUCGUUUCAAGUUUGAUCCAUCUGCAGGUUGUUUCAGGCUAUAUGAAGAAGUUGCAACAAGAUUCAAACUACAAAAUGGGUCAUUCCAGCUCAAAUAUCUAGAUGAUGAAGAGGAAUGGGUGAUGUUGGUGAAUGACGCUGAUUUGCAAGAGUGUAUAGAAAUAUUGGAUGAUAUUGGCACACGUAGCGUGAGGUUUCUUGUUCGUGAUAUGCCUUGCGUUUUAGGCAGUUCUGGCAGUAGCAAUGGCUACUUGGGAGGCAGCUUAUAGCAUCUGGCGGGUGACUUCGAUGUGAAAAUUCAAGUCAUGCUUUGACAACAUGUUAAUUUUCACAAUCUUCUCAAGGUCUGCAGCUGGAGGAGCUUGAAUCGACUUGUGCCAAGUGUAUUGCCUAAUUAUCAUGAGCUUUUUGGAAGAAACAAAAAUGCGGUUCAUAAGGGGGGUAUUUGCAUGUUAAAUACAUAAUUCUGUAUAUAUUGAACACGUAGCAGCAGCAUAGAAAUUUUUAGUGGUAGUAGUAGUAGUCAGGACUUCGAUAAAUAGUUCUGAGAUGUUGUAAUUGUAUAGAUAUAAUAUACGUAGAUAGUGUCUAGACUCUAGAUGGAUUGGUUGAUUCUUUUGGGUGAUUGCAUCUUUUUUUCCAUUUCAAAUAAAAAGAUGAAUAUGGUAAAGAA